GCGAAAUGUCAUCUGGUGAAUCGUGUUCGAAAACGAGUAUAGUUGAAAUUAAUUUAAAUGUCACGCGUUAAAUUAACUAAAAACGUUAUAGAAACGUGUCACAAGAUUGUGGAAAAAUGGAGCUUUUUCGUACCGAAUCACAUUACAUUUUCGUAAAAGAGAGACAUAGUCUAUGGUGUGAAAAAUAUACUGGAGAACUCUCAGCAAAAUCUGAUUGGGAAUGGGCAAGUGCUAUCGAUUUAGAAUGCCUUGGAUUUUUCUACGGAAUCUUGGGAAAAAUCGAACAAGCCUCGGUUCUUGAACCCCGUUUGAUGCUAAUAAAAGAAGUUGCCCCCGUUGGAGAAUUAUACGGUGGACAUGUAGUUUAUAAAAUAAAAUCUAUAGCACUUCUAAAUUUACUAUCCGAUAAUACCGAUAUAGGACUGCUUCCUUGUAAAAAACAUCAAAAUGUACCAAAAAAGAAAGGAAUCGGUGGCAUGUUUGAUGUUUCUCAAAAAGCUGGUUUUGCCAAAACUUGGGGUACGAUUAAAAGUGCCACUAAUACAAUUAAAAACACCACACAACAAGCUGCUGCUCUUGCCACAUCUCAGGUAAAAUCUACAGUAACAAAGCGAAGUGGAGUUAAAGACAAGGAAAAAUUUGAAAAAAGAAUUCUUGAAGAAUUAAACAAAAUAUUCACUGAAACUGAUUCGUUCUUCUUUUGCCAAAGCGGAGAUAUUACAAAUUCUUUGCAAAGACUAUGUUUUCAAGAAUCGCAACAAAAGAAAAUAGAUAAAGAUCAACCUUUGUGGAAAAAUGUUGAUGACAGAUUUUUUUGGAAUAAACAUAUGCUACUAGAUAUAUUUAAUUUAAAGACAGAAAAGGCAGAUUGCUGGAUACUGCCAAUAAUCCAAGGAUAUGUACAAAUUGAACAGUGUAAAGUAGAAGUAGGAUUCGACGGUCAACCACAACAUGAAACUUUUAAUUUAGCGAUUAUAUCAAGAAGAAGCAGAUUUCGUGCCGGAACUAGAUACAAAAGACGUGGUGUGGAUGAAGAUGGAAAAUGUGCAAACUAUGUUGAGACUGAACAAUUAGUUUGGUAUCAUGAUCAUCAAGUUUCUUUUGUGCAAGUUCGUGGAAGCGUUCCAGUAUAUUGGUCACAACCGGGUUACAAAUACAAACCCCCACCUCGAAUAGAUAGAGAUGAAGCAGAAACACAAGUAGCAUUUGAGAAACAUUUUACCGAAGAGCUCAAUUGUUAUGGGCCUAUUUGUAUUGUUAAUCUAGUCGAGCAAGCAGGCAAAGAGAAAGUAAUUUGGGAAGCGUACUGUAAUCAUGUACUUAAUUACAAUCAUUCAGAUCUCACGUACGCUACUUUUGAUUUUCAUGAAUAUUGUCGUGGAAUGCAUUUUGAGAAUGUGUCGAUAUUGAUAAGCGCAUUGGCGAAUGUCGUGAAUGAUAUGGGCUAUUGCUGGAGAGAUAAACAAGGAAUGAUAUGUAUGCAGAAAGGAGUAUUCCGUGUAAAUUGUAUAGAUUGCUUAGACAGGACAAAUGUCGUUCAAACAGCAUUAGGAAAAGCUGUCAUGGAAAUGCAAUUCUCCAAAUUGGGUUUGAUUCCGCCUGAUGGCACACUACCCACUAACAUUAGACAAACAUUCCAAUCACUUUGGGCUAAUAAUGGAGAUAUUAUCAGCAAACAAUACGCAGGAACUAAUGCUUUAAAAGGAGACUAUACAAGAACCGGAGAAAGAAAAUUUACGGGUUUAAUGAAAGAUGGAAUGAAUUCUGCAAAUCGAUAUUAUCAACAACACUUUUUGGAUGACAUACGUCAAGCGGCGAUUGACAUCUUACUCGGGUAUAAAAUCGACACUGAUCAGCUCAACAUCGAUUGGUCACAUUAUUUAGAUAUUCUUGAUAAUUGUUGUCUUGAACUUAUACCCGCGAAGCCACCAAAAAUAGAGAUUCAACUUAAUACACACGCGGAUAUUCUUUAUGCUACUGCAAUGUUAAAUAUGACAAGGUAUUAUUUGAAUAGAUUCAAGGACGUUUAUAGACAGUCAACAAUCGAUAUGAUGUUGGGUAAUCCAAUUAGCGAUGAUAUAUUCCAAGAACGCACUGAUGAAGAAGAUAAUGCAGCUACAGCAAUUCAUGUUAAACUUUUAAUUGAGGAUUGCAAAAAGUUAUUAAUACCAGAUCUAGAUUCUGUUCUAGGAAGUUGGGGACUUAUUGAUGCUGACCCAGUAACUGGCGAUCCAACGGAAACAGAAAUAGACACAAUUCUUAUUUUGACACACGAUAGUUAUUAUGUCGCUGAUUAUGAUGAACAAAUAGAUAAAGUAACCAAUUAUCAGAGCGUACCUUUAACUGACAUUGUUUUAAUAGAAUGUGGACAUCCUGAAAGUACUGUUUCUCUUUUCAAGAAUAAGCAACACUAUUGUAUUAGAAUUCAUUAUAAAUUAAACAAUGACUAUGGAUAUUUCCAUAUGUUUCGAAGUUCAAACUUGAGGUUCUUCAAUAACAUGGCAAUAGUAAUAAAAAGUGAAGAGGAAACAAUAGAAUCUUUGAAAGCGAUCGGGGAAGCAAUCACAGUAGCAAUGGAAAUCUCAGCUUUACCAAAAGUACCAAUAGCAAUGAAUGUAGCUUUAGACAAACGAAAGAGUAAAUUGGUUAAUUCAAAAGGUCACACUGGACUGUUGGAUAUUUCAACUUUUCCAGACUUAACACGAAACGUUUCUGAAACACAAUUGUUAGCUUUGAAAAAUGCCGGAACAAAAGCCCUGAGCAAUGUAUCCGAACAGUUCAGCAAAUUGAAUAAAUUCGGUCACAGUAUUACAUCAAAGAAUCCAAUAAAUUUGGCGAAAAAUUUAAGUAACAAAAAAACAGAAUCUAAUAAACCAACAUUUACCGUUGGUGGUCGUGAUAUUGCUGGAAAUUCAACGAGAAAGUCAAAUAACAGUAGCAGUAGUAGUAAUAGCAGUAAUGAAAACAUCGAAAUGGUGCCAGUACGUUUUGAAAAGCCUGAUAAUUUUGAGCACGACAAGAAACUUAUGGAGGGAUAUACACCAGUCAUUGGAAUCAUAAUGGGCGUUAAAAAUGAGGUUGUUAUUGAAAAUGGUCAACAAAAUGAAUCACAAAUUGAUCACUCAAUUACUAGUAAUGAAAAUAAUAUUUCGAAUAAAUCAAAACAACAUCUCGAUGGAUUGAGUCUCAUUUCACAUUCACAAUCUGGCUCGAAUGUUCUCUACAGUUGUGACGGUAGUAAAUUAGCAACAACACCAGAAAUUACAAUUCAAGGUGUUGAACCUGCGUACGAGGUUUCAUCAAUGAGUUUAAAUCUUCCAAAAAAUAUCAGUCACUCGUCGGGUGAGGUUGAUGGUCAAGUGAUUUCUACUGUAACUUCUUUAAAGAGUGCUUUAUUACAAGCGGACAACAAAUUAGAUAAAAAACGAUCGACAUCGGAGCAAGAUUUAAUAUUGAGUAUAUCGUCAUCGCAAAGUGAAUCUGCCCUUAAAUCGAUGAAAUCUGACAUCACUAGUCCCGCAACAGCAGCUGCUAAAGAUCUUUUCUCGCCAUUUACAAAAUUAGCUAAAGGUGUGCAGAAUUUGGGCGCUAAUCUAGAUCCAAGAAAAUUGAAAUCAGGACAAUUGGGAAUGACAAGAAAUUUAUCGGAUCAUCACUUGGAGCAACGGCAAAAAUUACAAGAACGAUGGGUUAAGUGUAAAUCAAAAUUAAUAGCACUCUAAACAUCAGAGAAGGUUUGUUACAAAUUAAUUUUCCCAUUUUUUUUUAUCACUUACCCAUUUUUAAUUGCAACGUGGCUAUAAUUUUUCAAUGACAUGUUUGAAUUAUUCUCCAUGUGUGUAAAUAUUUCUGAGUUGCGUUAAAAAAAAAAUGUCAAAACAAAAAAACACCAAUUUUUAAAAGAUCAUAGAUUUUGGGAGAAUUAAAAUUAGGAUUUCGGAAUUGAAAAUUAAAAUUUAAUUUUAAAUUUAUAAUUGUUAAGAAUGAUGAUACGAUUCUUAUUACAAUCAAUGGUAGUUGAAUUUUAUAGUGUAUGUAAAAUUUGUGGUAGUUACAAAAUUUCUAAUUAGAGUCAAUGCUAGUUAUAAUUAAUGGCAGUCACAAUUUAUUGUAGUUUCAAAUAUUUGACGCAAUAUUUGCAAAAAAACAUAUAUAUUUUAUAAAUUGUGCUUCACACUUUUCCUCAAUGUCAAUGUAAAUUUUAAAUGUCAAUCAAUUCGCUGAAAAUUGUUUCCCUGAAAUGAAAAAUUGUUACCUUUUGGUCAAUUAUUUUCAAUAUUUAUAUUCAGCUUUUUUCUUUACUUUCAAAAAAGAAAAAACUUUAUUUCUUCUAAACAUUUGUAUAUUAAAUUUGAUAUCAAUCAGCAUAUCUAUUUUUUAAAAACAAAGUAAUUAUAUCCACGUUGCGUACUUAUUGAUAAUGAGCCAACUUUUUUACUUUUCUAAACACACAUGAAAAGUACAACACAGUCAAUAUUGUUCCAAAUAGACGAUAUUUUCGUUAAUACGUUCUGAGAUUUUUACGAAUUUUUUACAUUAAAAUCCAAAACUGAAACUGAAUUCACCUGAAAUUUCAGAUUAUAACAAAAAAAAAGAAUAUAUAUUUUUACAAUAUAUGGAAAAGAACAUUCAAGAAUUGAUUUUUAAAAAGUGGGAAUGUAAUUUUUUGCAUAGGUAUAUAAAAUGUCGAAAAUAAAAUAUUGUUGUUUAUAAACAGCACAAAUUUCUUGCUGUAUAAUUAACGACAAAUUUUUCUUGAAUAGUACAUAAAAAAAUUAAUUAAAAUUUUUCUUAAAAUAAAUUGGAAUUUAUUUGAAGAUAAAUUUUAAUUGAUAGAAUCUAUUUAACGAUAGAUUUUUAUUUAUAAAAAAUAUUUUAUCGAGUUUAAUUUGUAGAAAACAGAAUAUUUAAAAAUAAUAUUCCUAUUAAGCAAUUUUAGAAUCCAAUUUCAAUUUUUAACUCGUUAAUUUAUACAGCAAGCAGAAAGAAGCAAAGCUUUGUUAGUCAAUUAUGUACAUAAAAAUAAUUAACAAUUACUAAAAAAAACUAGCCAUCAAUUCAAAAUGUUAGAUUCACUAUACAGAAAAGUAGAAACAGAAAAAAAGUUACCACAUUAUACAUUUAACUUAUUGGCUGUUAUUUUUGAACCUUAGAAACAUUUUUUUAUUAAGUUGCAAAACUAUAAUUUGCCGUUUUGUGAUUUUUAGUAAGAAAAGUGAUACCGAAAAAAAAUAUGUGCUUUAAUAGAGAUUAAAUAUUAAAAUGUUAUAACCUAUUUGAAUUGUAAACAUUGAAAAUCUUUGCUUAGGUGAAAAAAAAAUCGUUGUACAAAACUGUAAAUUAUUGACAACAUGGUAUUAAUAUUUAUUAUAUUAUUAUAACUUAGUUUAUAAUUAAUUUUUUAAUUUCUUUUGUUCGUAUACUCAAAUUUUUAAUUUUAAUUUAAUUCACUUAUUUAGUUUUUUUUUAUUUUUCUUAAUCAACAAUAUUAGUUGUCUAUUUAUUUAGAUUAUAUACUUAGUUCUUUAUUUAUUUGGUUUAUAAUACAUUUUUUUUAUCUAUUCAUUUUAUUUUUAUUAACUUUAUUUACAAUAAUUAAUUAUAUUAUUACUUCCUCAUUGAGGAAGCUUUAAAUUAUUUAAUUUUUUUUUGUUUUUAACGACAGAAGUAUUACGAUAUAACACCGUAGAAUAUGUAUAUUUUAAUUGCAAUCAAACUUCGCUAACGCACUGUAAAAAAAAUAACUAUUACAAAAUUGUCACGUGAUUUUUUCAAUUUUGACACUUUGAGAAAAAAGUGAUUUCUCCAUACAGGGUGGUCUUAAAAAAAUAAAUUUUACUUUCACUUUACGAUAUAUUAUUUUAAAGUAUUAUUAUUAAUACCAUUUUAAUAAUAAAAAUUAUUAUUAAUAUAAUAACAAUAAUACUAAUCAAAUCAUAAGUAAUUACAAAAAAAUAUUUAUGUUUAUAUAAUUGUUUUAUAAAAGUAAAAUUAAUUUUUAUAUGACUGCCCUGUAAGAAAUUUUUUUAGUAUUGUCUAAUACAAGUAUAGAAAAAGACUUGAAAAAUUGUUUUCUUCCUUUGAAUGCUUCGUUAUAUUUUUUACGCUAAGGAAAUUGUUUGUAAAUUUUGUUUCUUCUUCUCGAUUCUGUGAAAGUAUUUUUUUUUUAAAUUUAUGAAACAAAAAAGAAAGAGAAAUUUUGUUUGUGUCUCGAAUAUAUAAAAGAAUUAUUUUCUUUAAUAUAUAAAGGUAAAAAAGAAUUAAAAACAAUGCUUUCAUAAUUAAUAAUUUUAGUUUCUGAUUUUACAAUCGUCGACAAGUUUCUAAGAUGAAAUCUGUGAUAAUUUUAUUUUAGUAGGAUAUGUAUAUGUAUAAGUAUAUAUAUGAGUGCUACGAAAAAUUCUGUAAUUCCUGCAUUCCUGUAUUAUAGAUAUCAUUACCAAAUAUGUGAUUUUCAAGAAUUUAUAGACGUAAUAAUAAUAUAAAAAUUAUGCCCAGUGCGUUAUAAUUGUAAUAUCCAAAGUAUUCAUUCCUUUUAAGCUUUUUAACGCCAAUAGAAUAUUAAAUUUAUUAUAAUUACACGUGUUUAACUUUAUUUGUAUAUUAUACAAUAAUUAUAUAUGUAUGGUCCAAAAUAUUAUGCAUAAAAUCAGGCAUCAAUGCUUAUCAGAAAUUCUUAUCAAUUAUAUAUAUAGUUGUAUAUUAGUAUAUAUAUAUAAAGUACAAUGCGUCUACAGUAUUCUAAUAGCUGAAGAUGUAAGAUAACUGAUAAAAAAAAUAUUAAGUCAACGCAUGAACAAUAAUUUUAGUGUGUAUUUUUGCGUAGCCUAAUAGGGGCUUUGUAUGCCUUAUAAAUUUAAAAUUCUAGUUCGAAAUUAAAUUGUAAAAAUUUAUUUGACGAAUGUCGAAAUAAUGCAAGCACUUGUAGAAAUUUCGCAAAAAUAAAAUGCAUUGACUGAUUA